AUGACAGCGUUUAAACCUGAUAACGGGGUUGAUGGCAAAAUAGAGGAAAAAAGCGUUGAUAUUGAGAAAUUUGAUGGAAGUGCCACGGCUCCGAUCAAACAGAAGAUGUAUGAUGGUUGGGAAACACCUGCCGGAAUGAGUUUUGAUCUAUUCAUGCGAAAGGUGAAGGGUUCGAUUGAGUGCAAGCAACGUGAUUAUGAUGCGGAAAGAGACAUAAUGCUCGAUCUAUGUUUUGUGGAUCCAGAAUACCAGAAAUUAGGAAUAGGAAAGAUGCUGUUGCAAUGGGGAAUUGACAUAGCAGACAAACAAAGCAGUAAAAUAUGUUUGGUCAGCAUGCCGCAAGCUCGGAAGUUCUACGAAACAGGUGGAUGGGUUUUAAGGGAGAACUUAGAUAUAGAUUUGGGGGCACAUGGAGGGAGUGGAAAAUAUGGGAGGUGUUGGAUGAUCAUAGAAGUCUAA